GCAACGAUUUUAUUUGAUUUAUAUUUUGUAAUUGAUAUAAUACAUUUUUACGUUGCAAAUCAAAUUUUUUUUUGGAUGCACUCUAAGAUAAAAUUUUAGUUGUCUGUGUAUAUUUAAAGUUCGUAUACUUAAUGUUUGCUUAAUCUCAUAAUUGUUUCCCGCUUUGAGACAAAACAUCACCCAAACCAAAGAAGGAAGCGAUGGUUGUCAAGUCAAAAGAUUUUUUUAUAAUCUGGAUAAGAAUUUAAACUAUACGCUGGUCCCAUACAAAAAAGGAUUACAAAUAACUGAAUAAUUUGAUUCAAGUUGAGUACUUGAAAUCGCAAAAAUCAUUUAAUAUGCGUAAUAAAUCUUUUUGGAGCUGUCUACUUAUUCUAUUGUACAACUCAUCCAUUACCGAUUGUCUGGUAUGCAGUGUAACUGGAAGUACUGUAGAAGACGAAAAAACUUCAAAUCAUCAUAACACAGCAAAUGAAAAAUUACUCAGCAUGCAUAUAAGAACAUCGUCCAUGCCUAUAGCAACCACCCCGGCACCUUCGGGAUCAUUGCAAAUGAUGAAUGUUGUUACUUCGUUGUCUAAUGCAGGAAGUGGGGAAAAUAUUCUAAAAAGUGAUCAACAACAUCAUAGAAGUUCAUUCAAUCUUCUAAGCGAAGCUAUGUCCCAGGCGGUUAGCAACGAAUACAGUUCUUCAAGCAGCAUGUCUGCAGAUGCUACAUGUAAUGCAGAGGAUUUUGACUGUGAAAACGAAAACGUACAAGAUCGGCUUGGGAUGGAGGCUAUCGCCAGUUUGCAUCGUCAACUAGAUGAUGACGACAAUGGAAAUAUUGACCUGAGCGAAUCGGAUGAUUUUUGGUCCUGUGUUGUAUGGAGGACGUUUUCCUAUAUCGAAAUUUGGGCCGUUACCGUGUUGUUCCAAUUCUGCCUGUCUUUGUUCUUCUAUUUCUGGUCCUGUGUUGUAUGGAGGACGUUUUCCUAUAUCGAAAUUUGGGCGAUUAAUAUAAUUAACCUGCUUCGUUUGCAUGGACUUGUCUACGUCCAUGGGUUCGGGACGAGGUUUCUACGUGAAGAACUUAAAUAUGACUCUGGCUAUGAAAAACGUCAAAAAGCAUUUCAUUUCAAUGAUGACAUGCAUAUUUCAGUAAAGGAAUUAUGGGAUGCUUGGUUGCGCUCUGAAGUACAUAAUUGGACCAUUGAGCAAACAACCGAUUGGUUGGCACAAUCAGUUCAGCUGCCCCAAUAUGUUGAUCUUUUUAAACAACACAAAGUAACCGGUGCUGCUCUACCAAGGUUGGCUGUAAAUAAUUUACAUUACGUAAGCAAUGUUCUAGGUAUAAAAGAUCCAAUACAUAAGCAAAAAAUUUCGCUGAAAGCCAUGGAUGUUGUUCUUUUUGGCCCGCCACGAGAAACCGGCACUCGCUGGAAGGAUUACAUUCUUGUCACUCUUUUAUUGAGUGCUAUAAUAGGAUGUUGGUAUGCUUAUCAGCAAAAUAAAAAUGCUAAGCGACACUUGCGCCGAAUGGCGCAGGACAUGGAAGGAUUACAACGAGCUGAACAGAGUCUCCAAGAAAUGCAAAAGGAAUUGGAGUUAGCUCGCAUGGAGCAGGAAAAUGUUGCCACAGAAAAAAUGGAUCUCGAAAGGCGGCUUAAGGAAGUGCCUUCAUUUAGCACGUCAAGCUCAGAUCUGGAGGUACAGCAGUUAAAGAAAGAAAUUGAGAUGUUACGCAAUGAAUUAACACGUGCCGAAUACGAGUUGGUGGACAAUUGUUGGACCCCACCUCAGCAGCUACAAUCAUGGCUACAGUACACAUAUGAAUUAGAAAGCAAAAACCAUCAAAAAAAACGUAUUUCUGCGGAAAAACAACUUCAAUCCGCACGUGAAGCAUGUGAAAAAUUACGUAAAAAGCGUUCAAGCUUGGUCGGCGCCUUCGUUUCAACUCACGGCAAGAGCAUCGAUGACGUUGAUCGUUCUAUUGUUGAAGCACGUAAUGCUCUUGGCGAAGUAACUAAUGAAUUACAGGAACGCCUCCACCGUUGGAAGCAAAUAGAAACGUGCCUGGGGUUAAAUAUUGUCAACAAUAACGGACUAUCAUACUUAGAGAAUGUUCUUUAUAGUCGUAAUGGUGGUAGUAACAGCUCUAUUGGUAUUAAUUCUACAAAAGGCUCUAGAGGAUCACAUGCAGCACCGACGACCUUGAUGACGAAUCAGUACAAGGUAAGAUGCAUUUUGAGAAUUUUGCACUGCUUGCAACGGAGUAGUUUUGUUGCGUUUGCCUGGCAAGACAACACAGGAAUAAUCUCUAUUGCGGACCGAGCAUGCAAAAACCAAUGGAUAUAUUUUUAAACAUUCGAUAAUGUGUAAUUAUUAAAUUUCAUUCAACAAUAAUCUGAAAUUUCACACUGUGGAAACUCUACCAUUACUUGGCAUAUAUAUUUAUAGACAUGAAAGUUUUCUAAUACGUAUUUUUGAUAAAGCAUAUAUGUAUACUUAAAAAUA